CGGGCCGUGUAGGUGCUGGGAGCAGGGGAGAGAGUGUAUCGUGUUUGAGCCUCUGUUUUGGUGGGAUAUACUGAGGCUAGAGGGACGGGAAUCUCACAGUGUGUUCGUGAAUAUUGGUACAUCUUCCUGCUACAGUCAUCACGAAGCUUACAUCCCAACUGGCGAGGAAGGAGCUGUAGUUUUGUAGACGACUCCGUACCAAGUGACGGCAGCGUGGCUCGACUGGUGUGUCCCCUGCCUAGCCCUCUCUCCCCCCACCCAACCCCGGGUUGUCUACGCGCACUCGCCCUUGUGGUAGAGGUGCGUAAGGUCUACCCUCACUCCCGUACCACCACUACCGUAGAAACAAACACACGAUUUGGCGCCCACCCCAGAAGUUGGUUUCAACGUCAACAGAGUCCUCGCUUCAACUAACAAUCUGACCCGGCCGACGACAACAGGAUAACAAGUUCACCACCACCACCACUUCCUACCAUGGCUGAAGCAGUGGAAGUCGCUGACGGGGUUGUGUGUAAUGGACCGACGACCACUAAGAAGAAGGGCCCCCCACUUGUCCCCCGAGAUAAAUUCACUCGUCUUGCUUUUCCCGUAGAAACAACUGAACCUGAAAAAGCCCUGUGGUUGAAGGCUUUCAAUGAGAAAUACCCGAACAUAGAGGACGUGUUCAAGAUAAGAUUCUCCUCCCGCUAUUUCUAUGUUCCUCGCAAGGACACUGAAGUCAUCAAGGCCAUUACUGACGGGAAGAUUAAUGGUCUCCGCCUCAUUUUAAGUGAUGCGCCCGGCCGGAAUAUUAAACUAAAGGAAUACCUCGUGACCAACUACCCUAAGGAAUUACCCCUCGACAUGGCUUACCAUCUUCCUGGUGUGUGUAAGGCCAGAAGAAUGCUCAAAGCUAGUGUUCCGAUGAACAGAAUCAUUAUCUUGUGGGACGGACAUAAACCACCUCCUAAUACGUUCAAUUUCGUGGAGUUCUUAGAGAGUCCUUGUCCUAUUAGACCAUUUUAUUCCGCCGCUGUCAUAUGCUACAACUGUUAUGGGACGAACCACGUGGCCAAGUACUGCAAGAGGGAAACCACGUGCGGACUGUGCGCGGAGAAACACGACACAAGGUGCUGCCCACAGAAAUCACAACCCCCCCCAGAGGAAGAGGCUAAACCCAAGUCCCGUCGCGCUCGUAAAUCCCAACAGAAGAGAGCUAAAGCCAGGCUGAAGUGUGUGAGGUGUGGCCAGCAAGGAGUACCUGUCUGGCACCACGAUUGUCCCCGGCGGCCUCAUCCCGUGAUAAAGGACGAUGAUAGAUCAGACACCUCCAGCUUUUGUGCAAGAAGCGACAGCGACAACAGCAGUCCAAGACAGGCAUCACUUGCUGCCAUCCGCAACACUCAUACGCUGGAUGCUGUUAGACAGGCAUUAGACGAGUGCCCCGAGUUUAUUGACGCAAUUAUACAGAAGUUAACAUGCAGAAUGACUCAGGUAAUGAACGUGUCUGAUCCAGGUAAACCAACUGCCAAUAAAAAUGUCGGAACAAUGUAAGGGUAUACCCACUACAUAAUCACACCUGUUAAGUGAAGACUAUGUUUAAAGUGACUUGGUAAGAAAAUAACCAAUACAUUGAGAAACCAGUUGUGAUUGGUGUACACUGUAACGAUUAGUCAUGUGAUCAGAACGCUCUUCGACUUCGAGUGUGAACGUGUAAACAAGACGUCUGUACUCUCAAUAAUGAAGGCCAGUUUAACAAUAAUGGAAAGUUAUUCUAAAAAAAUAUCUUAAUAGUUUCAGAUUUAAUUAAGUGAAUAUUUUGUUUUUUUUCCAUUCUUAUGUUUUGUGUUCAGUACAUUAAGUGUAAUAAGGUGAUAGUCCCAACCAGGCACACACACUGGACAACGGAGUCAACACAAGCCAAACUGAACCUAAAGGCACCUACCUAAUUAAUGACUUCCUUGUAGUGUGAUAUUCCGUGACUCAAAGUGUUUUAUGUGUCAUCCUUAAUGUGUUAAACUAUCAUGGUAAAUAACUUUUGUAUUAAAUCUUAAAAAUCUUGAAAUAUUGAUAAAUGAAGAGAGAGACCUGGUAAUUGUAGUGGUAGCAAGUAAGUUCAGAGUAUGGCCAGCACAAGAGAUACCUGUAUGGCCAGCACAAUAAGAGUCACAUGUAUGGCCAACAUAAAAUACCCCUGUAUGGCCAAGACUACAAAAGAUACUUGCAUGGCCAACAUAUUGUAUCAUGAACACAAGAAUGGAGGAAUCUAUGUCAGUUCUAUAUUUAAUUCAGGAAUCCUUAAGAUAUCCUGAAACUUUAUCCUAAAUUUACUUAUCUACAAUGAUUUUUUUUAUUUGUGAUGUGUCACUUAUAUAGAUAACCUUUUAUUUUAGUAUUAUCUCUUGUGUAUGAAACUCUGUCUUGUGUGGCAGUGAACCAAUGAUAACACCUUCAAUACCAAGACUUGACUCAACUUGUUUGAUAAAGCACAAUUAUAUACCCAAUUAUUGUGAAUAAAUAUGACAAAACAAA